AUGAGUUCAAAAUACUCGGCAUUACCAGACAUAGACGAUCAACCAGAUGUUUUUGAAACCCCCGACGUACCUGACGAAACGCAUCUCGUAUCUGGCGAUGAUGGACAGCAAAGUGAUGACGGUAACGAAAACGUGAUUCGAACGCCGGUAUCUGUAAAAGAAGCUACCCAACGAUUCAAGAAUACGGUGGUGGAUGCAGAUAAUGCAGAUUUCUCGGACAAGUUGACACGUAGAAAAAAGGCUAUGUACCGUGCCUAUGUACGUCGACCACCGGGCAUUGAAUCCAACGAAUACGAAAUUCUACCCAAAGGCAUUGCUUUGCAAGAAACAAAAUUGCAAAAGCUUCGUCGCUUGAUGUAUGAAGUGCAGGAACUGCAGCAAGAAACUGAAAAUGAAAAGGUAUUAUUAAAGAACAUGCGGGUAAAAAUCAUGGGGAUUCGAUAG